UGUAUCAACAACUCCAUUUUUAUAGCAAAAGUGCUCGUGUUCUGUUUCUUUGUUUGGAUAUAAAAAUUGGAAAUGGGAAUGAGAAUGAUAACGGGAAUAUCCUUAAUUCUGAUCCGAUCCGAGCGAAUUCCUUUACGCUACACUGUUUGGAAUCUGAACAAUCCCCUUGGAUUACGUCCAUCUCGAUUCUUUUGCAUGGCCAUAUAUGUCUCAACUCUCUAUAGCGUUUCAUUAUUAUAUCAAUAUUGUUUUCUUUUCUUCGUCCUCAUUUUUGGUCAAACCAAUUACCCAACCGCGCCAUGAGCUGCUGUAACUCUGGUCUCUGCAAUGCCCAAACCCUAAAACCACAGAUUUUGGCUGUUAUUCUUGAUUUGGAUGGUACCCUUUUGGACACAGAGAGGGCCACAAAGGAUGUUUUCAAGGAGUUCUUGGCAAAAUAUGGUAAGGUUUUAGACAUGGAAAGAGAAGAGAAGAAGGCUGACGGAAUGACCCUGAAGGAUUCCUCAGCUGCCAUUGUUAAGGACUAUGAUCUCCCAUUGACACCAGAUCAGUACAUCCAAGAGAUAAUCCCCAUGCAUCAAGAAAAGUGGAUGUAUGUCAGAGCACUUCCUGGUGCUACUCGACUUAUUAAGCAUCUCUAUAAUCACGGAAUUCCACUUGCUCUAGCAUCAAACUCCUUACGAGAAUACAUUGACAAGAAAAUCUCCCACCAAAAAGGUUGGAAGGAAUGCUUUACUGUAAUUCUUGGCAGUGACCAGGUUAAAGCAGGGAAGCCUUCACCAGAUCUAUUUGAAGAGGCAGCGAAGAGAAUGGGUGUGGACCCAAGUCAAUGCAUAGUGAUUGAAGACUCCUUGGUUGGUGUUAAAGCUGCAAAUGCUGCAAAAAUGGAGGUGGUGGCUGUUCCACCCCGAAGUGAAACUGAUUUUUCUUCCCUAGCAAAUAUUGUGCUUCAUUCUCUUCUGGAAUUUGAGCCUGAUCUUUGGGGUCUUCCUCCAUUUGAAGACUGGGUUGAUAAUGCAUUGCCAAUUGAACCAAUAUAUCUAAGUGGUCAAUAUGUAAAUGGGUUUCUACAUGAUGUUACAGAAGAUGGAACACAUUCUCUUCCCAAUCAAGUUUUCGGAGUUUUCUUUGGUUGUGCUUAUGCGGAAGUUGAUAAGCAGAGGAUUUCCAAGGUCCUGGUUUGGAUUGGAAAUGAACGGUGUUCCCGCACCCAUCAGAAAAAAAUUCAAAUGCACUUAGUUGACGAAACAGACGUAGUCAGCUACGCAUCCAAUCAACAGAUGACACUUGAGCUUUUUGGCUACAUACGAUUUUUGACUGGCAAGGAGAGUGGAUGCUUCGAUACAAAACUACUGGAAGAAUACAAGUCCAUUGCAAGAGCUUCAAUGGAUCUGCCAAAAUUUACUCAGAAUUCCCAUUUACUCUCAGAAUAGGGUUCUCUCUAAUGAUAAUGUAGUAUUAUUAAGACUAAUAGACUGUAUUAGUCUUGUUCUUAUAAGCUUCCUUGUUAUAAAUACAAGCAUCUCUGAAAAAUGCUGUAUUUCUAUAAUAUUGUGAUUGUUCAAUGGGUCAGCCAUAAUGACAUUAGAAUACAUAUAGUUUAAGGGUAAAUACUCAUUUGU